UUGGAAAACAGUCAAGACGUGCCGCAGUAACCUCCAAGUUCCCCCCCCUCCGAACUUCGUAAUCAUGUUCCAAAGCAGUAUGUUUUAUGGGCAACGCAAUGCUGCAUUGGAGACUCAGGAACGUGUACCAUGGGUAGCCCCUGACGACGCUGAAGGAAGUGAUGUCGACGUGAGCCCUUUGGACAUUGACAGUGAUGAUGACGACCCUACCUACGUUCCUGACGAAGGCCUUACUCAGGACGAUGCCUUUGACCCUCCUAACUCUAGAGCUCGCAAGGUCAAUGUUGUUGUCCCUCAAGCGAUGCCUAUGGAAGAGGAAGGUGAGCCUAACCCUAAGAGGUCUCGUGCUGAUGAAUGGAAGAAGGAAGACAUUGAUAUCCGUGCCCUGCCCAACUUCAUUCAUCAGAAGCCUGACUAUUUGAGGGAACCUUAUGAAUAUUUCUCCCAGUUCUUCACAACUGAAUUGAGGGAACACAUUGUGUAUCAAUCCAACCUGUACUCAAGACAGAAGGAUGUAGGCAGCAACUUCCACAUGUCAGAAGAGGAUCUCAUGGUUUUCCUUGGCCUCAUCGUGUACAUGGGCCUGGUUCCUCUCCCUAGCAUAGUUGACUUCUGGGCCGUGAAGACCAGGAUUCCUCAAGUUGCAGACUUCAUGUCCAGGAACCGCUUCAAGGCAAUUCGAUCUUCCCUUCACUUCAGCGACAAUGACCAGGCAGCUGCAUCCCAAGAUCGGUUCUUCAAGGUGAGAGUCCCCUUCACCAAGGUCACCAGAGAGUUCCUGAAAGUUCCUGAGACUCCUAUCCACUCCAUUGAUGAAGUGAUGGUCGCCUAUAAGGGCACAAGGGCUGGUAACCUUCGCCAGUAUGUCGCAAAGAAGCCUGACAAGUGGGGCUUCAAGUUGUUCUGCCGCUCCAGUGUGGAUGGGUUUGUGCAUGAUAUUCUCAUGUACCAAGGGGAGACAACCUUUGUGAGCCACCAUACUAUGCUAUCUGAAGAGGAGAAAGCCAUGUCUGUAACUUCCAAGUUUGUUGUCGCCUUAGUGAAUACCAUCAAGGACCCCAGAAACUCAGCAGUGUAUGCAGACACUACUUCACAAGUAUAG